CUUGGAAUGACACCGGAGUGCACCAUGUUCAGAAGGACGAAACACAAGCUGUGCUGUGUGGUGAUUGCUGUGUGCUCUGUAAUCGGAGCAUUGAUUCUGCUUGAGCACGUGUCCGAGUUGAAUGCUGGCGGUUAUCUUUUACCCGGGCGUGACGUCAAUUCGACCGGGAGAAAUGGCGGAAUUCGGACAUUCGCGACGCUAAAUGAAUCCGAGGUGGACAAGAGAGAUACUUUUAAUCAGAUAGAUUUUGAUGACAAGAGAGAUAAUGACGAUGUUGUCACCGUGGACAAAACCAAAAGCCACACAGGUGUACAAUUUCCUCCCUUUGUUGAGUAUGGAAAGCCAGGGGACCCUGGUAUGUUCAUGUUAUCUUACUUUUAUUCAUUAAAUCCACAUUUAAAAAGCUGUGUACCCUAAGAAAUUAUUUCAAUAUUGACACCAUUGCCAGGACUCUGUAUUUUAGUAUUAGCUAGGAGGAGAACGUAAGGCUUCUCUGGCAACCGAACAUUUCGUACUUAAAUAUUUUAAAAUGGAAUUCUUAAAGAAAAUAAUUAUUUUAAAAAUAAUAAUAAACGUGAAUAGAAAAAAGAUUUUCGAAAUCAAACAUCCGACAAUUAGCUCUUUAUUAUUGUUUAAUGUCUGGCACAUUUAGCUCUUUAUCAUAGUUCAAUGUCUUGCACAUUUAGUUCUUCAUUUAGCAAAGGCCUGGACGGGCAGAUUAUAGUCUAUAGUCCCCAUUAUAUAAGUUCCAAGGUAUAACGGUUUUAGGAUCGCCCCCACAUGUUGUGCUAGGCAGUUGUUUUUUUUUUUUAAACAAGACGUAAUUUUGACUGGGCAUGAGCGGCGAGUUCAAGAAUAUGGCUGUGGAGCUGAAUUUUUGGGGUCAGGCUUAACCCCCCUCCCCACCCCAUAUAAGUAGAUAUCCUGUCCCACUUUAGCCUUUUUCCCCGCAAGAGAUGUAAAGAGAUGUUUUUUGUUUUUUAUUUAUUUGAGGGCAUACCUCUCAUUUGUAAACAAAGAGUAUAAAGUCUUCUCGGCACUUACAACCAACGUCCACCUUUUCAGUAUAGGUUCCUAACGACGGCCACAUGCGAGAUAGCCGUCUAGAAAUAUUUACACAUAAAAAAAAAAAAAAUAACUUGCAGGUGAACUGGGCAAGGAGUUACGCGUCAACUCUACGGACACAGCCAGGAGUGAGGCCUGGCGACUCUACGGGUUUGACGAUUUGACCAGCAGGCGCAUCGCCCUUCACAGGUCACUCCUUGAUGACCGGCCAUCUUUGUAAGUGACGUAGUGCAUUCCUUCGGACGAUGGGGAAAAAAAAAAGGAACCUUCGUACGGGUUUGCAAAUAAUUCUGUAAAUGAUAAAAGGUUCAAAGGUCGGGGGGUAACCAAGCGUCUAUUCAGCCGAAUAUCGCAUAUGAUGUUUGUUUUUCUUCUGUUCACAACUUGCCCAUGUCACCUUAUUAUAGUCAAUCUGAUUUAGUCAUUAUUUUCAUGUUAUUAUUAUUUGCGUGGGUGUGUGUGGAGUAUUGAACUGACCUAUUUCGAGAUAUGACGUUACAGAGUUAGAAACGAAGUCAAAAUGGGAUUUACCAUAGGCGUGUUCCCUCGUUUCUUCAACACACAAAAAAAAAUUUUAAAAAAUAAUUCCUCUCAGUUGUGUUGUGUUGUGGUUUUUUUUUUACUCAAUCCUCUCCAUCUCACCCAUCCCUGUUUCCGACCCACCCCCACCCCCACCCCCCCACCCACCCCACCCAAUAAGAUUGCCGUUAAACGCGCGGCCACAUUGCCUGAUUGAUCAGUGAUCCAUUCAGAUGGCGCCUCGGCCUUAGCUGACGGCUGCUCAACCGAAAGAAUGUUAUUUGUGUUUAAAAUUAUCCAUUAAAUAUAUAUAUAUAUAUAUAUAUAUACAUAUAUAUAUUGUUAAAGCAUCUUUUAAGGGGUUUCAACUGAUGUGUUACUUUGUUAUACGGCGUAAUAUGGUAUUAUAUAAUUCAACAAAGGUUUUCUUUUAAAAUGCAGCACUUCAACCUUCCAUGAAAGACAAGAAGAAUUUUACAUUAGAAAUUGUGAUUAAACCAAGGAGACUCCUUUUUUAAGGCAGCCUCUCAAGUUUAUGUUCCGUGAUUAGCCGAUACCUGAGACAGACGUGGCGGCCCUAGACAACUCACCGAUGAUCAGAAUUGAACGCCACCCUGUCAAGCGUGUCACGUUAUGGUCGUUGUCACCCUGUCAAACAAUGCCGCUUUGGGUUGUUGUCACCCAUUGAAACGUGUCACUUUGGGUUGUUGUCACCCUGUCAAACAAUAUCACUUUGGCUUGUUGUCAUCCAUUGAACAUGUCACUUUGGGUUGUUGUCUGAUGAAACCCUGCUCUGGUGGAAACCUGCUCUGAUGGGAGCCUUGCUCUGCAGAAACCCUUCUCAGAUGAAACCCUACUCUGGUGGAAACCUGCUCUGAUGGAGCCUUGCUCUGCAGAAACCCUUCUCAGAUGGAACCCUGCUCUGGUGUAACUCUGCUUUGUAGUCAACUUGAUAUGAUGCAGCCUGUUCUGGGGGCACUCUAUUGCCGUGUGGCAUCCUGCUCGGUUACAAGAAACAGUCUCGGGCGAACUCUGUUAAUUUGGGAAUGGGUAAAUCACUACUGUCCACCCUCACCCUAUUCAUUGCCUAGGGAUACUACUGCAUCCGAGUCACUUAUGAAAUAUUAUUAUACCCCAAAAUAUCCCACUGACACACCGCGGCCAUUUUACAGUUGAAGUAAAUUAAAAUCAGUUAAUUAUUUUAUUAUUUUUUUUUUAAACCUCAAAGCAAGAUUUUUCCAGAAAACCGAAAAAUACAAAUCUCUCCCAUAGAAUGAAGAUUUCAAUACUUUUUUAUUUAUUUUUUUUUUCAUUUUUGUUCUUCUAUUAGUUUUUUAAAGCUAACAAUUCGACUUAGAUCCCAAAUAGUGUCCUAUUCGUUGCCAUACAUCCCCAAAAUAGUAUUUACCAUCCAAGUUCUAUUUAAUUUAUAGACCCUUCCCCCAUCCCCUUGCAACGCUUCAUUCAUCUCACAGCUGUAAGGAAACGAAUUACCCUGUCAUGCCUUCGGUCUCAGUCCUUAUCGUCUUCUACAACGAGGCCUGGACCACUCUCCUGAGGUCCAUACACAGCGUGAUCGACAGGUCACCGCCGCACCUUCUGGAAGAAAUCAUUCUCUUGGACGAUUUCUCGGAUCUAGGUCAGUUGGUCGACGAGUUUAAUUAGGUAACCAGGUUCGUUUAUUUAAUGAAUGUUCGCAACUGUUCGAAUAUAGCACAACAUUAGGGGAACUCUUCUUUCCACUGGUUAAAGACUGUCUCUCUUCUCGAAUUUCCAUUUUUUUUGGAGCGUAAUUUGUUAGUUUACAGGCAUGGCAGUUUAAGACUUUCUCGUGCCAGUGUUCACCCGGUGAAAGGCUGGAAAAGAAUAAGGGAAUUCGAAGCAGGGUUGCCAGGUUAAAAUUUCGAUUUUAAGCCAGAUGGUAUUAGAAAAGAGCCCAAAAAAAAGCCAAAUAAAUUUGAAAAUAUAUUGCAUACUCACAUUACAAAAAAAGCUCUAAAUCAUAUUCAUUACUCUCAUCCUCACUGGAAGAUCUGUAACUAGCGGAUCCUAAUGCCAUAAACAUUGUCGGUUGUAAAAGCUUUUAGCAUUUUUUUCCGAUGGAGAGAAGUCAUUACAGCAUUUGCCUGACAGCAAUAGUUCAGCCCUGAUUCUUACAAUAGCAUCAAGUAAAUUCAGUUGCAUUCUGUUUCAUGCCUUCGUUUUUACUGUGGUGACAAGAGAGAAUAUCCUCUAAACUACUGCAUUACUAACUGGGGUUACCAAACAAGUAAGGGCAUAAGAGGCGAGCUCUUUAAAUGCCUGAUGUUGCAGCACGCCAAUCCAAAACUUUUCACUGUCUUUUGGAACUCCAUCUUUCUUAAAUGCAGGUUCUCCUUUCCAAUCAACAAAAAGUAUUUUUCUGUAUUGUUCUUCAAUGAUACUGAUGUUGUUUUCAGCAAGGUAUAUAAAAGGUAAUUCUGAAAAUGCGGUCCUUGAAACUUGAUUUAAAAUUAUCAUAGGACUCAAUUUUGAUAGCUUUUGAAAUACAUCUUUUGCUGAUGGAAGUCUACAUGUAAUUUGAUUUAGAGCUUCUUCUAACAUAGAUAUACAUCUUUCUUUGAAAUUGUUUAUUUCCAGCUGAGCCUCAAUACUGUUGGUUUUUUUGAAGGAACCUAUUACAUUCUGUUAAGAAUUUAAUACCAAAAUCAAUCUCACGAAUUUGCAUUUUCUGCCCAUUAACAUCAGACAGUCUGUUCUGAAGACUUUUCUGGUGUAAGAAUAAUUCUUGAUACAAUUUAUGAGGAUCAGCUUUGGUUUGUUGAAAAAGACUGUUUAGUCUUUCAAAUUCGUGCACAACAGGUGUUGCAAAGACAAAGAACAAAUAAUUUUUGUAGUCUAACAUCAUUUCCUUUAACAAUCUUGCUUUGUAUUUUGUGUCAAAGUUUGAUUGAGCUAAUUCAGCACUAGUGAAAUAAACCUUCAGUUCUUCCCAAUUCAUCAAAAUGUUAAUCAUAACCUUCCCACGUACAAGCCAUCGAGUAGAUGAAGGUUUUUCAAAGGGAAGUGGAGCAGUUCGGGUUGACUCAAAUUCCGUAGGUGUGUUCAUAACUCUAAACAAUUCUUUGUAUGCUUCCCGUCUUAAAUCACUAUGGCGAAACCAUUGAGGUAUUUCUGAGAGCAAAAAUCCAAUACUUGAUGGUAGCUUGGUUACCGCAUGAUAAAUGCAAAGUGCAAGCGAAUGACAAAUACACUUGAGCUGUACACAGUAAGGCGAUACAUCUUUCAGUCUAGACCAGACAGAGUUCUUGAUCAUAUUUCGAGCUCAGAUCUACUUUACUUUUAUGCCCGGGGUAAAGAGUUAAGUCUCUUUUACCGGGAUUUCGCAAGCAGCUGAUGUUAUUAAAAAGUAAAUACUUUAUAAUGCAUCUUUCGAAAUGCAUCUAUUUUUUAAUUCGUCUUUGAUAGAAAGUAUUUCUUUAACAUUUUUUUUUUUUAAAUUAAAUAAUGAUUGCAUUACUGUCUUAUGUGUGCUAGACCAACAGACAACACAUAAUGCUGUAAAACAAAAUAAAACCCAAUUAAAACUAAGAUUUGAAACAUUCUAAUGCCAUUAUGGGGCAGACACGUUUUACUUAGUCUAUUUUGAGGGAUGGUUUUGAUCUUUCACAUAAAUUAAAAAAAUAUAUAUAUUGUUAAAUAUAAAUUGUGCUCAUCAUUAUGACCAUUUUUAAUUUAAAAUGUCAUCGAUGUAACGCAUUCGAGGUGAUGGGAUGAGUGCAAAAUGCUUUUUACAUAUAUAUAUAUAUAUAUUUUAAGUGCGUGUAUAAAAUUAACUAUUCUUAAUGCACCGCAGAUCACCUAAAGGAACCGUUGGAGGCGUACGUCCAGCCUCUCCAAAAGGUCAAACUUUACAGGGCCAAAAAACGUCUUGGGCUAAUCAGGGCGAGGAACGCAGCCUUUGAUCUUUCCCAGGGAAAAUAUGUCGUUUUCCUUGACUCACAUAUCGAGUGUUUCCCAGGUAAGAGGAACACAGCUGCACUCAGUCAGGGUCGUAGCUGGCCAGGUUGUCCAGUGUCUGAACCCCACCCUCAUGCUGGAAUGAAUAUACUUGUAUAAAUGAUCCAAAAUCCAAUGAGGGAUCAAAGGAUGGCCAAGUUUGGACCCCCAUGUAAAAAAAUGUCACCUACAGCCCUGGUUGCACUCCCCCAAACUACGAUCCUGGUUGCACUCCACUAACGUACGGCCCUGGUUGCACACCAUCGUUCCCCCACAUACCUAAUUCACGAGUGUAGCAAGGCAGACAUUUUGACCCAAAUAUGUAACCCAAAUGUCAAUACAGAGUGAAACAAUUGAUCGACAAUGUGAAACAGAAAUAUUCAAAUUACUUAUUAACAAAACGGUGUUUUUUAAUCUUACGGGCCGUCAAGUUGGCAACAUAAGUGCAGACUAGGAAAAUUGACAUUAACGGUUAUAUCCUUUGAAGAAGAGCAGGCACAUGUCUAAUGGGUGUUCAUUGGCAGCGCCGUUCGUCCCAUUGUAGGGCUGCACAGUUGGGCGUCCGUCUUUUGACUAUCGUUUUGCAAGUUGCGUCUCGGUAAAUUCCCGCAGAGACGAAAAAAAUAAUAAAAAAUAACACUGUGCCGUGUCGUUAAACAAUUUCACAUCCCAGACACUUUCCUUCGAGAGACCGGAUCUCCGGAUCAAAUGGUUUUCAAUGUCCAGAAAUACCUUUCUUCCACCUCACACGAUCUCAAGAACAAAUCUAUAAAAAAAAUGUUUUUAAAACUGUCCAACAUCCUUUAUAUUUACUGACAUCUCAACACUUAUGCCAAAUAACAUCGCAUUACUACACCAAGGAUCCGCCAUGAAAAAACACGAACUAGUUUGCUGAUUUAUGACAAAAUGUUUAAACUUUACAUUUCUUGGAGGUUGUUUUUCUUUUUUCCACUUCCAAUCACAUUAUCUUGCUGUAUCUAUUUUGAAUCACCAAAAAUAUAAUACAAGUUGACUCUCUCGGUACUAGACCCAAGAAAAAGACACAUUCUUAUAACGUUGUUUUACGAAAUUUUCGUGAAAGGAAAAUGAUCUGCUAUAAAUGUUAAAAAGUGUGUGUGUGUAAAAGGGGUGGGGGUCUUAUUUAGAAAACUGGCCAUGUUGGAGAACAGCUGGCGUCUGAUGUCUGGUGUCUGCCAUCUGAUGACAUCUCGUGCACAGAAGUGUAUACACUGCCUCUGUCGUGACAAUAGAUCCAUGCUAUUGCGUCCACACUUUGUGUCGUGACAAUAGAUCCCUGCUAUUGUGUCAACACUUCAUGUGUCGUGACAAUAGAUCACUGCUAUUGUGUCCACAAUUCCUGUGUCGUGACAAUAGAUCCCUGCUAUUGGGUCUGCACUUCAUGUGUCGUGACAAUAGAUACCUGCUAUUAUGUCUACACUUCAUGUGUCGUGACAAUAGAUCCCCGCUUUUGUGUCCACACUGCCUCUGUCCUGACAAUAGAUCCAAAUCAUGGUGUUGUGUGUAGUUUAUGUAGCCAUGUAUGCAUGUUCCAAAUGUAAUGAAUAUUUGAGAAAUUCGCUUUUUUCUUGCGCCUUGCACCGUAAGAAUUGCUCUGUAAGAUAUUUGAAAUGGUCUUUUACCCUUAAAUGUCUCCUUCUGGCAUACCGAAGGUUUUAUUGAGUCUCCCUUAUCACCCAUUGCAAAAGACCCGGGGACUGUGAAGCAUUUCAUACCCUAAAUGUCUGUUUCUUGCAUUCCGAAGGUUGGCUAGAGCCCCUCAUAUCACCCAUUGUGAAAGACCUGGGGACCGUGACAUUCCCCAUGGUGGACUCCAUCAGAACGAAAACUUUCCAGGUCGAUAUGAGAAAGGAUGUCCUCGUCGGCGGGCUGAACUUCAAGUUUUUAACCUUUGACUGGCUUUACGGAAGGAACUUGACCCUUAGUCUGACCAACAGGGAAGUUGUGUAGGUUUCAUUUGUUAAAAUAUGUUAUUAUUAUUAUUAUUAUCUGGAGAGUACUGUUAAGAGAGUACACAGAAACCUACACAGAAAUUCACAGAAACUAACAGAUUUUUCAGGGGAAAAAACAGUUUUCUCAUAUAUAAGGAAAUACACACACAGAAUCAUAUUCAGUUUUAAAAAAAAAAGAUUUCAAAACAUUUUAAUUUUUAAAAAUAUAACUCUAAAUCAGUGGUUUUCAAACUUCCUAGUGCCACGACCCUUUAAUACAGUUCAUCAUGCUGUGGUGAACCCCCCCCCCAAACCCACCAAACAAUAAAUUAUUUUCCUUUCUACUUCAUAAAUAUGUUUUCCUAUGGUCGUAGGCGACUCUGGUGUAAGGUUCGUUCGACCCCAAAAAAGGUCGCGAUCCACAGGUUGAGAACCGCUUAUCUAGAGGAUGUUACUGAUAUGUAUCGAGAUGUGUUUUGUUGGAUGCUCUUUCAGUAUCCUUUACACAACAAAUUUCAAGAUUUUGCCUCGUGUCCUUGACCUUUUGAUCUGUUACAUAACUUUCAUUUCUUAAAAAUAUAUAUUCUAUAACCUUAAGAAAUCAAGUGUUAGCAAAAUAAAAUAAACAUUCUUAAACAUUGCAUACGAUCGACCUCCGGAUGAAAAUUUCGUAUUGGCAGCUCACCGACAAUGCCAGGCGGUCUGUUCGCUGUGUCACGAGAAUUCUUCACGCUUUUGGGCAAGUACGAUCCAGGGCUGGUGCUGUGGGGUGGGGAGAACGUGGAGAUUUCCUUGAAGGUAAGUCAUGGUCAGCUCCACCUGGGCGACGAGUAUCUCGACGUGUUACGAGAUACAUGGGGAAUAGGAAACAAAAAUAAUGAAAAGAAAUGAAAUGGAAUGAGUGAAAAGACAGAAAGAAAGCGAUGACGGAACAAAAUUAAUUUAAAAAAAAAAAAAUUAUUAAUUACCCGAGUUAAGGGAGAAAGAAAAAAGGAGUUUAGGGGUCUGAUCGUUCGUCAAAUACGUCACAAUUGGGAGGGGGGAAGUUGAGAAUUCGUGACACUUUGUGACCGGGCGGGGGGGGGGGGGGGGGGAAAAAAUUUGUGACGGUACAAACAUUUUUUUUUUUUAAAUUUAAAAUUUUCCAAUUUUUAUAAAUUUUUACUCAAUAAAUUUUAAAAACAUUAAUUUGUGGUCGAAAUCGCAUCAUGUAUUAUAGGUAACGUGAGACUCAGUCACGCCCACCUUCCACGCAUAAUGAUUAAAAUAAAAUCUUAGUUUAGCUAUGAAAAUUGUAUGUAUCUUUUUUAUAUGUGUGACUUGACACUAAGGGGAUGAGGGUAAACAUUUUGUGACAUUUGGUGACAGGGCGAGGGUGGUGUGACACUUGGUGACAGAGCGAGGGGGUGACAUUUGGUGACAGGGCGAGGGGGUGUGACACUUGGUAUCAGGGCGAGGGGGGUGACAUUUGGUGACAGGGUGAGGAGGGUGUGACACUUGGUGACAGGGCGAUGGGGGGUUGACACUUGGUGACAGGGCAAGGGGGGGGGGGGCUGAAAACAGGGUGAGGAGGGUGUGACACUUGGUGACAGGGCGAUGGGGGUUUGACACUUGGUGACAGGGCAAGGGGGGGGGGGUCUGAAAAAGCUCAUCUUUAGCGUGACGUAAUUUACGAAUGAGCCCUUAAUACAAAAUAUUAAAGUAAGAAUUUUUGAAAAUAAGUACUACAAAAAGUGUGAAGGAAUAAAGCCUAGAAGAAUCUGGAAAUAAACAUAAAAGGCCAAAAUAGUUGCUAUAACCCUCCUCGGUUCAAACAAAGAAAGAAAAAGAAGAAAGAAAGAAAAAGAAACAUUCAAUUAAUGUAAACAGCUCCACUGCCACCACACUCUUUGACACAACGAUUCUCCCACGCAGGCGUGGAUGUGCGGGGGCUCCAUCGUCCUUGUCGCGUGCUCACACGUGGGCCACGUCUUCAGGAAGGACAACCCUUACAUUUCGGAUUACUCCGAGGUCAUCAACAACCACUUCCGGGUGGCCGAGGUCUGGCUGGACGAAUACAAGCACUACUUCUACGAGCAGUGGGCUUACAACAUUGUAGGUAAUAACUUAGACGGUGGGUUACCUUUUUUUAAAAAAAACAACAACAAAUAGUACGUUUUGACCACAGAGCUUAACUGACCAGCCGCCAAAACUGUGACGCCAUGCAACGCCAGUUGCUUAAAGGGGCCUCGGAUAUUUUAAGGGCCUAAACUUGUGAUAACUCAUGCUACAUAAUUAUAUUAGACAAGAGAAGAUAAAAUAGGAAAAUAUAAGAUUCUUUUAUUGGUGCAAAUAAAUGGAAAUGUUUUUUUUUAAAUUUGUAUUACAAUUUUUUUAAAAUUGCAUUUGAAUACUUAUAUAGCGCUUGUAUUCAUGCUAUUUGCACGUCCAUUUUCAGCACAUAAAUGAAUAAAUAGUUUAACGUAUAAAGACCGCCUUUUCAAUUGCAUUGAAGUGAUGGGGGUACUUCUUAAAGUCACGUGACGUGUCUAGAUGCCUCUAUGUGUGUGUGUUUUUAAGGGGAUAAAAACGCCAAUGAGAAGGGGACUCGUUUCACUUUUGGUGUGUGUUACGCACUGACUUGUAUUGGGAGAAAUUAAUCUCCUAUUUUAAUUUUAAUUGGCUCGUUGUCAACAGUGCCUAACAAAGGACGAUACCAUAGAAUCAACAAUAUUAAAGAUACUACCCAAAACAGUUUCUAGUUACAAUUAAUUAAGAUUUAUUAAGUCUAAAGAUAAUUACAAAAGAAAAGAAAAUAUAAUUACAAUCUUCAACUUACAGUAUGGUAAAUCUUGUACCGGUACACAGUUAACACAGUUAGAAUAAUGUGCCAAUAAAUAAUGCGAAAUAAACACAUAUGAGCACACAAAUACACAAGGAAUAAAACACGCCUCGUAAUGUUAAGAAAAUCUAUCUGAAAAAUCUCCGUCCCUUCGUAUCUGUCAAUCCUUUAUAUACAUGUAGUGUAAGACGCUUCUAGAAGGACCUAUGACGUGUUGUUUACAUAUCUCGGGUUAAGGAGUACAUUCGAGAAGUUACCAGGUGACAUUCUGCCCAAUGGGUAAUUGGAAGCCGAUUGUAAACAAGCUACUUCAAAGAGAUUUAGCCACGCCCAAAACAGACCUUACUGUCUGCUAGGCGUGUACUACGAGGUCGAGGAAAGUUCACGCACAGGAAAUCGUGCUACAUAACAGUGUGCAUAACAGAAAAUUAUUCGAAAACGUGAAGAAGAUGAUUCGAAUAUGAACAGAAAAUGACCCUUAACACGUUAUGGACAUAUUGCAUCUAUCGAAAAAUAAAAUUAAUGUAAACGUGAAGUGCAUCGUUGCGUCCAUUUGAAAUAUGACUCGUAUAAAUUAAGCAUGAGUGAUUCAAUAAAUAAUGUAUGGAGACAUUUGGGAAUUACAAAAAAGACCAGAAAUAGCCCCACCAAACAAUGGCGGCGGUGGCUGUGCUUGAACUUCCUAUGUACUAAAAAUUACUUGACAAAACAUGCAUUUCCCGUAGCGCGUUUUAUAAGAAUCCAGAUUAGUGCCAACUUCUGGGAGUUCCACUCCGCGCGUCUGCCGUACAUACCUACCUCGUAAAUUAUCAUUUUUUGCGAUUUCUUUAACGUUGUGUUAAGCCGUUCGGUUUCACAUCCUCCAUGUAGGGCUAAUCCAUGUUUAGGAAAUAAGUGCAGAGCUGUUCAAUGAUAUAUAAUCGAGGAUGUAUCAUGUAUGAUUUGAAACCAUAGGCGUGUUCCUUCUCACCCGCAGACCGACUACGGAGAUGUCAGCGACAGGGUGAAGCUGAGGACGAUGCUGAGGUGUGAGAACUUUGACUGGUACUUGGACAACGUGUACCCCGAGCUGAGACAGGCGUGGAAUGAGACUGUCGUCUACUUAGGUCAGGUGGGUUGA